UGCGGAUUGAUGAGGUUGGGUGGUUUUAGGUGAUUUUAUUCUGUGUUUACAAGAUAUGGAGCCUGGGUUUGUCAAAGCAGAUUCCAGGAAUCUUCCUGAUAUUAACCACUUCAUGGUUGUUGAGUUUUUUGCCAAAUCUGAUUUCUAUGUGUCUGCUGAGAUACGGGCCGUGAAAAACAAAAGUGCGGCAAGGGCCAGUUAUGGAGAGGAUGCCGUAGGAUACGUAUGCAUCAAAACCAUUGGACAAGAGACGACAGUGGUUGGAAAGGUCACACCUGAGCACAAGGUGAAUAACCCCCCAUAUCGUGUCUCUGCUGUUAUCGACAACUGUAACCGUGUCAUUGUGAGUGCUCAGUGUGAAGGAUGCAAGGCCCAGAAAGGUGGAUGCAAGCACACCAUUGCAUUCAUCUUCUGGCUGCUAAGAAGAAGUGAGGAGGAUGCUGUGACCGAUGUCAAGUGCUACUGGCAGAAACCAGCUCUGUCAAACGUGAGGAACCUGCCUCCAUUCAGAGUGUCUGAUGAAGAACAGAAACUGAAAACUCGAGAGCCUCAGGUGCAAAGUGAUGCAUUCAGACAAGAAGCUGCCAACAUGCUGAUCCAGAGAGGGCUGCCAGUAAAAGCACAGGCUUUGAAGCUGAUGGGGCUGGCAAGCAGCAGCAUGGACAUCAUGUACCUCGACCAUCUGGUGGAUGUGUACCUGGACACCACAGACAAGGAGAACACAUCAUAUGCUUCCUUUCUGGCUCUCUGCAAGGACAGCAUCAGUGAAGCCGACUGCAAUGCCAGUGAGGUAGGGUCACGAGAGCAAAAAGACUCUCCCAUGUGGCAUCACCUGCGCUUUGGCAGGGUGACUGCAUCCCGACUGUAUGAGGUGGCACAGUGCCAUACAGCAGAUGGUUCCCUGGUGGAGUCCAUCUUAUGUGCAGCCAAGUUCAAGGGCACAGCCGCAACAAAGAGGGGCAAUGCCCUUGAGGCAAGAGUUCUUGCGGGUGUAGCAACCCACCUUGGUGAAAAGUGUUCAGGUGCUGGACUGUUCCUGAAAAAGGAGUGGGCUAUCUUUGGUGCCAGUCCUGAUGCAGUGAUUCGGGACAGUGAUGGUGGGGUCAGGGCGGUAGUUGAGGUGAAGUGUCCUGCAUCACAGUCCACAGUCGGCAACUACAUCAAGUCAGGAGCCAUAGCUCCCAAAGUCCGGGCGCAGCUGCAGCUCCAGAUGCUGCUGGCUGACUGCUGUGUGGGAUACUUGGCAGUGGCAUCCCCUGACUUUGAGAGCACUGGCAGCAUUUAUGUGUGCCGGGAUACACUGUGUGAAAGUUUCUUGCUGCCUCUGAUGAAGAAGGCAGAAAGGUUUUGGUACACUGCGGUGUACCCGCAGCUUGCGGCUGGCAGGCAGCUGGUUCCCCAGUGAUGGGUUGGGGUCUAGGGAUGAGGAGGUACCUUUGCUAUGACUGUUGAUAUCUGAAACAUGCUGGGUAUUGGUCUAGCAUUGGUGUGUAACUAUGCAAUGUAUGAUGAAAAUUAGUACUCUUUCGUAGUUAUGCUGUGGUCAGAAAUUGGUGUAACAAAGCGAAUGGUGUGUCUGUGUUUCAUGUAUGCUGCCAUUGAUUGCUCGAUUGUGCUGUACAUUAUGAAACGAAUUGCCAC